AUGGACUCACACAAGGAUGUGUACGUACCUACCUAUGUCCUCCUAGGAAGUAAUGACAGUGCUGGAAGGCAAAAUACUACUGUAAAACUUGAUGGAACAAAUUUUCUUGAAUGGUCUCAAUCAGCUAAGCUUACAAUCGAAGGAAGAGGUAAGCUUGGGUUUAUUACCAGUAAGGAAGUUAAGCCAAAGCCUGAAGAUCCAAAUUAUUCCAAAUGGGAGCAGGAUAAUUUGUUGGUUAUGUCAUGGCUUGGGGAGAAAUUGGUGGCCAUGUAUUUCUCUUCCUUACAAUCAGUUUGGGAAGAAAUUGAUCAUUUAGAAGCUUUGGAGUGGAAGGAUCCUAUUGAUGCUAAACAAUAUAGGAAGUGCAUUGAGAAAAACCGAGUUUUUGAUUUUCUUGUUGGACUGAAUGCCGAUUAUGAUUUCACCAGGCAACACAUCCUUAGUGCUGAUAUUUUAUCACUCUCCACAGCAUAUUCUUUGGUGCAAAAUGAAGAGAGUAGGAGGUGCCAUGAUGCAAGUUCCUGUCAGUGA